AUGUAUUUUUUUGGUGGAAUAAAAGUUGAUAGAACAUGUUCAAAUGAAGUUUUCUAUCUUGACAUUACUCCACAAUUUGAUUUAGAGGUCCUGUUAUGGACCGACGUUACAAAAAAAUCAGGAAUAGGUUUUAAGAGUUGUCGGGCAAGUAUUGUAUCAGACAUUAAUAAUACUAUUUACCUAAUCGGAGGAGUUAUGGAAAAUCAAUAUAAUGAAGAUGCCUUUACCUCAUUGGUACAUACAUUUGAUCUAAAAUCAGGAAAAUGGAAUGUACCCAAGAUUAUAGGAAAGGAAGCAAAUAAAAGAGGAUAUUUGCAAGCUGUUGUUAAUAAUGAUGGAAUCAUUUACGCCUUUGGUGGACGUGAGGGCUUAAUGUAUUUUAAUGAUAUGGUAUUAUUGAAUACCAGCGAAUUCAAAUGGUCAUAUGGUCCUAUUAUCAAUGCUCCUUCAAUAAAACAUUCAUACACUGCAACAAUAUUACCAAAUGGUGUCAUCGUAUUCAUAGGAGGUAGAGAACCAUUUAAGCAAAGGCAAAGUUCAAAAUUUUAG